UACACAAUAUCAAUUGAAAAAAAAAAACAACUCACACCCAUUUUGUGUUCAGUGCGCUCGCGUUUCUAUACGGAGACGGACGCGUCUUGUUCUUUCUUCAAGGUCAAGAUGGCGCGAUUACUAUUCGUGCUGCUAUUAGUGGUGCUGGGCGCGCCAGUAUACUUCCUAUUCUUCAAGAGCCCUCCCUCGGCACCAGAGAUCGAUCUUGACGAAUGGUGGGGACCUGACCAGCUCAAGACGAAGCAGGACACCAGCAUUAAACCGUUUAAAAUCAAGUUCGAUGAAACUAUGAUAAAAGAUCUAAAAGACCGUUUGAAGUCACAUCGGCCGUACAUCCCGCCGCUAGAGGGCGUUGGAUUCGAGUACGGGUUCAACAGCAAGCAGAUGAACAGCUGGGUCAAGUACUGGGCCGAGGAAUACCCCUUCGCUGCACGCGAGCAACUUUUCAACAAAUACCCGCAAUUCAAGACCAAUAUCCAAGGUCUGGAUAUUCAUUUCAUCAGAGUCAAGCCUGAGGUGCCAGCUGGAGUCCAAACAGUUCCCUUAUUACUGCUGCACGGCUGGCCGGGUUCAGUGCGAGAGUUUGAUGCUGCCAUUCCCCUGCUCACAGCUGUCAGCAAGGACAGGGACUUUGCCCUCGAACUCAUCGUGCCAAGCUUGCCAGGAUAUGGAUUCUCUUCUCCGGCAGUACGUCCUGGUCUCGGGGCUGACAAGAUGGCGGUUGUAUUCAGGAAUCUGAUGCACCGACUUGGCUUCAAGAAGUUCUACGUUCAGGGAGGAGACUGGGGAGGAAUCAUCACUGGCAACAUGGCUACUCUAUUCCCUCAGGAUAUUCUCGGCUAUCACUCAAAUAUCGUGUUCUCGAUGACUCCAAGGACCACGCUGAUCCAAAUCCUAGGAUCUAUCUACCCGCCUCUAGUCGUGAGCUCUGAUUUGGCAGAUCGCAUGUAUCCAUUGACGCAGAAAUUCUCUAAUCUUGUAGAAGAAAUGGGUUACUUACACAUUCAGUCGACUAAACCCGACACUGUUGGUGUAGCCCUCACUGAUUCUCCAUCUGGUCUUCUGGCUUACAUCCUGGAGAAGUUCUCCACCUGGACGAAGCCGGAGUACAAACUCCUGGCUGACGGUGGCCUUUACUCCAAGUUCACGAAGGAACAACUAAUAGACAAUCUGAUGAUGUACUGGGCGACCAACUCUAUAACUACGUCUAUGAGAUUAUACUCGGAGACUUUCAACAAGAGAUAUACUGGAUUGAAACUUGAUGAGGUCCCCACACCAGUACCAACUUGGUUGCUCCAAGCUAAGAACGAGAUAUCUUACCUACCAGGUUGGAUUGUGAAAUCCAAAUACGUAAAUCUCAUAAAUGAGACCAUCGUGAAUGAUGGAGGUCAUUUCUUCGCUAUGGAGAUGCCAAAAUUCUUCGCAGAAGACGUCCUCAAAGCUAUCGGCGAGUUCAGAAAAUGGCACAAACAGAAUAAUAUUAAGACUGAACUGUAAAUUUCUUGUUACUUUUUGAUAAUAAAAAAAUUUUCGUUGUUAUUUUGAUUUGAAUUCA